AUGGCAGAGCAGAGAAGGAGUUCAUCCUCUGGUGAAGAGAGUGAGCCGCCAUUGACCAAUGGCAGUGCCGCCCUGGAGACGGCGGAGCUCCACCAUGCUCCGGCGGGUCCGAUUGAGACUAAUGCAGGAGAUUAUCCUCCAAUAAAUAGCUUCCAAGACGUGAAGUAUGUGUGCUCUGUGGAAACCGGAAAGGUUUGGGCUAUUGCAGGCCCAAUUGCUUUUAAUAUCCUCUGCAAUUAUGGGAUCAAUUCUUUCACCAACAUCUUCGUAGGACACAUUGGAGAUAUAGAAUUAUCCGCUGUAGCCAUUGCUCUUUCCGUGGUUUCAAACUUCUCUUUUGGCUUCUUGCUUGGCAUGGGAAGUGCACUUGAGACAUUAUGUGGGCAAGCAUUUGGCGCAGGACAAGUGGAAAUGCUAGGAGUGUACAUGCAACGCUCGUGGAUAAUCCUAGGAGCAGCAUGUUUCUUUCUCCUUCCUCUUUACAUCUUUGCGAAGCCAAUCCUGAUCCUGCUAGGCCAAGAACAUGACAUAGCGGCCCUAGCAGGAACAUUCACCGUCCAAACAAUCCCUCAAAUGUUCUCCCUUGCCCUCAACUUCCCCACCCAGAAGUUCCUGCAAGCACAGAGCAAAGUGGGAGUUCUUGCUUGGAUUGGCUUCGCCGCGGUUUUUGUUCAUGUGGGGAUCCUCUAUCUGUUCAUCAGAGUGUUUGGCUGGGGCACAACUGGUGCUGCAGCAGCCUAUGACAUAUCUGCUUGGGCGAUUGCCUUGGCUCAAGUGGCUUAUGUGGUUGGCUGGUGCAAUGAAGGAUGGAGAGGCCUGUCAUGGCUCGCCUUUAAGGAUCUUUGGGCAUUUGUGAAGUUGUCCAUUGCCUCUGCUGUUAUGCUUUGUCUGGAGAUUUGGUACUUCAUGACCAUUAUUGUUCUCACUGGUCACCUUGAUAAUCCAGUUAUUGCUGUUGGCUCGCUUUCUAUAUGCAUGAACGUGAAUGGGUGGGAAGGCAUGCUGUUCAUAGGGAUCAAUGCAGCGAUAAGUGUGAGGGUUUCAAAUGAGCUAGGAUCAGGACACCCAAGAGCUGCAAAGUUCUCUGUCAUCGUCACGGUCAUCGAGUCCCUCUUCAUAGGGAUCAUUUGCGGAGCCAUUAUUCUGAUCACAAAAGAUGAUUUUGCAGUCAUCUUCACUGACAGUGCUGAGAUGAAAAAAGCAGUUUCUCAUCUAGCUUCCCUUCUUGGAGCAACUAUGGUUUUAAAUAGUGUUCAACCAGUUAUAUCAGGUGUAGCUGUAGGAGGAGGUUGGCAGGCUUUGGUAGCUUACAUAAACCUAUUCUGUUAUUACGUAAUUGGACUCCCUCUUGGCUUUCUUCUUGGUUACAAAGCGGGUUUAAGAGUAGAGGGCAUUUGGGUAGGCAUGAUAUGUGGGACAUUGUUGCAGACGAUAAUAUUGUUGUACAUUAUAUAUAAAACUAACUGGAACGAAGAGGUGGAACAAGCAACAGAAAGAAUGCGAAGAUGGACUGGACAAGAAUUUGAACUUGCUUCCUCAUAA